GAACUGGGCACCGAAGAGACUCAACGGAAAUAUUCUCCUCCGCUCCAAGCACUCACUGGGUUCUCACAUCAUCCACCUGAUUGACUUCAAGACGCUCCACCGACAGUAUAUUUCAUGGAUUGCAAAGACGCUGUCAAGUCAUAAAUAUACCGCAAUCUUCAACAGCGAACAGCCUUCAUGAUCCUGAAUUGAACUUCAGUAUGGCACUGAUGACGUUAUGUCAAGGGCAAGCACUCGCCUCGGGAUCGUGACCCACUCAGGGUUCACUAACUACACACAACCAUUGUUGUUUUCUGGCCCUAAGCUGAAUCAUCGGCUAAAAAUAAAACUGGAGACAGCUAUUCCGUGUUGCCAAUAUCCACCAAUUUUCCAUUGGACCAGUCGUCUGUAUAUGGAUUUCUCGAAUCCUUCGAGAACCGGGCCAGACGAUACAAGCCUACAGAGAACCGUGACGGAGGCGAAACUGAGCUGCGGGUCUGCCUUUUCCGUGGAGAUACAAAAUACAGGCCAGAUACACGAUCAGUACGGUCUCUUGCAAAGCCGGUUGUUUCCGCUUCGCAGAUUCUCACUCCAAUCCAGCUUACCGUGGUCAAACUCUCAAGCGAACGACCCCAGACAGGCCCUAGGUGGGACGACUCCCAAUCCAGGAUAUGCUGCCUCUCCAAUAAGAACAAAACUCACCCGGCGUCGCCGGCCGCCCUUGCCGUUAUCAGAUUGGGCUCCGGUUUGCCCUGUGCUACUACUGCAGCCAUCGGUGCGUACCACAAUGACUCUCCCUGUCACUGGAUGCUGCAUAUGCAGGUAGCCUGACCUUCCUGCGCCGGUGAAUGCAUAGCUUUCAAGUGCUACUUUAGCGUAAGGAACUGCCUCGCGACACGUGUCACUCCCGUUUAUGUCUAUAAUUUCCC